AUGUGUGUUCGAACUUUCACUUCCCUGCACUUUUUGUAGUCUGUGACUAAGUUUCAAUCGGGAAGUUGUCCUUCUACAAACGAGAACAGCCGUCUUUACGGGAUUUUUUUGACCAGGAAUGGUCAAUGCAACGUCUAAAGAAGUAGUUCCAGUUGAAAAUGACGAAGAACCAACAAUUUUGUGUAUCGUAAAGGACGAAACAACUGUCGACAGGAAACAAAACAAUCAUACAGUGAAUCUUCCAGCCUCUACUCUUGUGAAAGAUUUGUACGCUUACGUCGCCAAACAAGUAAGCUAUGUAGAAGACACCUUCCUUCUCGUGUGGAAUAAAUUCAUUGGUGGAGGCAACGAAGAGGUAGUUCUAAAUGAUGAAAAGGCGAAGACUUUACAAGAAGUCGGCCUGGCGGCCAACGGGAAAAAGAACAAUUUUCUGAUCAAAGAUAAAGAUGGUGAACAACCGAAGAAAACGAAGGAGAAUGAUGAUGAUGAUUCAGUUACAGGGAGUGUCAGCAACCUGUUCCAAAGCAAUUCUAGCACUUCAAGUAGUUAUUAUUCCUCCUCCAGUGAUAGUUACACUUUGGGAAAGUCUGAAACAGGGUUUGUUGGUCUUGUAAACCAGGCAAUGACAUGCUAUUUGAACAGUCUACUACAGACAUUAUUCAUGACCCCAGAAUUUAGAAAUGCUAUAUACAGGUGGGAGUUCAUUGGAAAUGAAGAUGAAGCAGCCAAGAGUAUUCCUUACCAACUUCAAAAGCUUUUCCUCCAUUUACAGACGAGUUCCAAGAGAGCUGUAGAGACUACUGAUGUUACCAAGAGCUUUGGAUGGGACAGUAGUGAGGCAUGGCAACAGCAUGAUGUACAGGAGCUGUGCAGAGUCAUGUUUGAUGCUCUGGAAAGCAAGUUUAAAAAUACUGAUCAGGAUGAUCUAAUUAACAAACUGUAUCAAGGGAAGCUUAAGGACUAUGUUAAAUGCCAGCAGUGUGGCCAUGAAAGUGCUCGGACAGACACAUAUCUAGACAUUCCAUUAGCAAUCAGACCUUUUGGCUCAAAGCAGGCUUUGGGUAGUGUGGAAAUUGCCUUGAAGAGUUUUGUUACUACAGAACUCCUGGAGGGCCAAAAUCAGUACUUCUGUGAGAAAUGCAAUGAGAAAUGUGAUGCCCGCAAGGGUUUGAAAUUUUUAUCUUUCCCAUAUCUUCUGACGUUACAACUAAAGCGCUUUGCAUUUGACUAUGCAACACUUCAUAGAGUCAAACUGAAUGACAGAAUGACAUUUCCCAAAUACCUCAAUUUGGAAGACUUUAUAAGUGAAGAUUUGGAGGAGAAUGAUGCAGAUGAAGAUGCUAAUCUAAAGGGGGACUCGCCAAGCACAUGCAGCACUGAAACUGACAGUGGGGUGAGUGAAGGCUGUUCUGAUAAUGGCACAUCUACUGAAGAAGAUGAGGUGGACAAUAGCAGUAAAGGAGGUAGUCAAGUGGAUGGGGCCACAGCAUCAAAGAAAGUGGAGCUUACUGAAGACAUGUGCAAUGGUGACCUGGCACAGGACAUGAAGGGUCCAUAUUGGUAUGAGUUAUUCUCCAUCAUGAUUCAUUCAGGAAGUGCAUCAGGAGGCCACUAUUAUGCAUACAUCAAAUCAUUCACAAAUGGGAAGUGGUACUGCUUUAAUGACCAGAGUGUCACAAAGGCCAGUGAUGAUGAUAUUGAAAGAACUUAUGGAGGAUUUGAAUCAUCAAGGACCUACUAUUCAUCAGUCUACUCCAGUUCAACAAAUGCAUACAUGCUGAUGUAUAGACAAGUCAAUCCUGAAAGAAACUGCAAGUUCCUGGAACAGUGUGACAUGCCCCUCCACAUUGUGGAGUUGAUGAAAAAAUUGAAAAAACAAGAAGAAGAUGAGAGAAGAAGAAAAGAAAUGGAGAGAUCCAUGUGCAAGAUCAAGAUUUUUUGUGAGCACCCUCAGAGUAGGAGAAUUAUGGAACAGAAACUUGAAAUUCACAAGGAUACAACUUUGAAAGAUGCAGUAUCUGUGGCUCACAAGCUUUUCCACUUGGAGGAAAUUCUCCCAGCUGAACAGUGUCGAAUUGUGAAGUUUGAUGAAUACUAUGAUUACAUUGAAAGGUCAUAUGAUGGGGAAGAGGAUAAUCCCAUUGGCAAAGUUUUGAAUGGAGUUAAACAAUCCUACAUGUUUGACCUUCUCCUUGAAACUAGAAAGGAAGAUGAAAGAUUUAAACCCUAUAAACCUGGAGGUACAACAGUAAAGGUUCAUGUGGUGCAUCUAGAAAAAGAAAAGGUGGAUCCAUAUGUAAAUGUGCGACCACUGCUCAGUUCAACUGUGGGGGAUCUUUGUGAUCUUAUUCAUGAAAAAUUUAAUCUUCCUGUGGACUGUAUGAGGGUUGCGUUUGAAGGAUCCUACAAUGAUCUGAAGCUGCUAGAUAACCCAAGCAAAGUUCUAAAAGAACUUGGAUUCUUCAAAAACAACAGGGUGUUUGUAGAAGCUUCUGAUAAAGAGGAAGAUGUUCAGUUUAAAGAUUCCAAACUGUUCAAAGUCUUAGAUGUAUUUCAGCACACUAUUCAAUUGUUUGUUUUAUUACCAGAUCCAUCUACAAAACCAUCAGAGCACACAAGCAGAUAUAUCUGUGAGACUACAGUUGAUUCAGAGAAGAAUGGAAAACAAAGAGAAAAACUUGUCCGAGUGGACAAAAGAAUCACCCUUGGAAAACUGAAGGAAAUUCUGAAGAGCGAUGUUGGAUGUGCACCAGAGUUUUUUAGGGUUUACAGAGUAUACUCAAACAACCAAGAAAUUGAGUACAGCAAGUUAACUGACCCACUUACAAGCUUCAGUGAUGAUUCUAAGAUACGAGUAAAGUACAGUCGUGCCCUCAAGAAAGGGGAACAUCAGCUAAAAAUAUUUCUACUAAAUCCUACGGAAAAGGAGCCUUACAAGUACUUUUGUGACUGGAUUGUAACUGAUGGUAUGUCAGUGAAACAAUGCAAAGAACUUCUACACCCAGAAAUCUGCCAAAGAUGUGGUAUUGAUGUACCUGUUGAAAAUCUCAGGAUGAGAAGAAAAAACUGGAAGAAUCCUGCUGCAGUGUAUGUUGAUUCUCAGGUGUUUGAAGACCACAUUCAGGUGUAUGCAAGUUUUGAAGUUUUCCUGGAAAUAUUAGAAGGCCCUGAAUUAAUGACUUCAACAGACCAGCUUUCAGUCUAUGUGCGCCAUUGGCAUCCUUCAACUAUAACACUUGACCCUCCCAAAGAGGUUGUUCUGCAAGACAGUGUAGUUGACGAACUGAAAGCUGCAGUUAGCAAACUUGGUAGUGUUCCAGAAGAGAAUUUAGAGUUGUGCAAGGGCCGUGGACACUUUCCAUGUGAAAUGUCUGUUUUGGAGAUUCAUGAUGAGUGUGACUGGUCAAGUGACUUGACAUCCCUUAGAGCAAGUCCUCUGUUGAUAACUGAUGAUGGAGCAGUGGUGUUUUUCAGGGAUAAAACAGAAAAGCUCAUGGAAAUAACAGAAGAAAAGAAGCAGGAAAUCAUAAAAAAAGAAAAUGCAAAGAGCAACAACUCAAAUACAAGAAUUGGAAAAUUUUCUUACAAGGAAAGAGCUCUAAAAAUUUACACUGAUGACAACAGACCAAGCAACUGAAAAGAAAGAGAGUACUUAUCAAUUAACCAGGGUUGAAACAACUCAAGAAACGCACAACCACUUGCAUUGAUAGAGAGAUGAUGGACUGUGCAACAAUAUUGAUAAAUAUUAUGGAGUUCCUAGUACAAUCAAUAAUGGAUUGGGAAAGAACACAGAACAAUGAGAUACAGAAACAAUUCUGUUUGAUUGACAGUAGCCCUUGUAAGUCAAUAGUUUUGUGCAUGGAAGGCAGAGAGGAUGUCUAAAAUUCCCAUGAAAAGGGGCCUAGGGAUCAUUAGCAUUGUGUUUUGUAACCUCACUUUUUGCAUAAACUUAUUGAUGACUGAAGUGACCCUGAACUAACUCACCUUAUCUUCAAAUGCAGAGCUUCAAUUAUUUUAAGUCAAUAGAAUUUUCAUUAUAAUUACAAUGUAGUAGAGGACUUUGCAACUUAAACUACAAACAUAAGACCUUUAUUUCUACCAUUUAGUUCACCUCAUGGUUAAUUUUGGUCUACACAGUUCUUCUGAACAGGACAUGUACAAAUGGUUACAGAAGAGCUUUUUGAUAUUUUCCUCCAAGAGAAAAACAUUGGGAAGUUUUCUGAUGUGCAUAUACUCAAAAUCUGUUUUCUGCAGAAAAUAAAACAAAGUCUGCCCUUAUAAUCUAGGAUAAAACACAAAUAUUUCACUUGAUCUAUUCCCUGCAGUCACAGUUCUUUUCAGAAGGCUUUCAAGAAACAUGUAUGAUACGUGUACAUUCCAGUUUUCAAGCUUAUGGAAAAAUCGUUUUUGCUCAAGUAUGUAAUCUUAUACCAAGCUCCAAGAGCUAGGUUUAGUGUAAUUUAAGAGGUGGCUGAUGAGUCAAAACUGCAACUUGGUAAAAUCCAUUCAGGAAACUCAACAUUGGUAGUUACUCAAUGAAAGAUGCUGUAAAACUGAAGUUCUUGAUUGUAAUUAGAGGACAUUUUGAUACUAGCAGUGUACUUUAUUAUCUAACGCUGAAGGGGAACUGCAACACCAACAAAUGGGCAAUUUUACCUCUACCUUACAGAGCAGUAAUCUCCUUGGGGUUUUCCACUAUUUGCAUUGAAUUUGUGUGAAUUACUUGCAAAAAAUGCUAAAACAAUUGUGGUCAACUUCUGCUUUCUGAGCUCUACUUGUGUUUGCUCAUUCAGAGUAAAAGAAAUAUUUCUCACGACAUCAGCUCUUAUAGGAAGUUUGACAAAUGAACUGUGGGUCACUGAAGAUUUUUACAAAACAUUUAUCAGAUGUUGUGAUUUUUUGUUACCGGUCUCUCAUAAUAAAACAAUGAAAGUAUCAUUUACAGUAACUGUAGUAUGUAGAUUAGUUUCAAAUUGUCUUCAUGUUGUGCAUCAAUUUUUCUACUAUUACUAUCAUCUUUACAAUUAAAUUUCAAUUUAGGUCAAGCUUCAAUCAAGAUGCUGUAAAUCUUGAAAACAAACAAUCUUAAGUCAACAACAAAAACAAUU